GUGGUGCCGGUGGUGCCGGUGGUGCCGGUGCCGGCCAUGGCCUCCUGCGGCCUGAACGCUCUCCUGGCCGCGGCCAGGGCCAGUUUCAGAGGCUCCCAUCUCCUCGCACACUCCAGCCCUCCGUGCUCUCCGGCCAUCGCUCUGGUCCAACUGGUGAAUUCCCAGCUAAGCUGGACWUCGAGAGACUCCAAAAGCCAUCCCUGGCGCCUCCGUGCCCGCCUGGGCGCUGCCCUGCCUGGCUCACGUGCCCUGCACACCUCCAGCAGCCCCUGGCAGCAGCUCCCCGGUGAAUCCCCACCCCGCCGAAAUCCUGGGAACCAGGGGGCUAAACCUGCUAAAACUCCAGUGAAACACGUCAUACAGGCUCCUGCAGGGAAAAAGCCUUUGAGACARAGAGUUGUGGAUGAGCUGAAGCAUUACUACCACGGGUUCCACUUGCUGUGGAUUGACACCACGGUGGCUGUCAGGAUGGUGUGGAGGCUGCUCCACGGGCAGGUGCUCACCAGGAGGGAGAGGAGAAGGUUGCUGAGAACUUGUGCAGAUCUCUUCCGGCUGGUUCCCUUCCUGGUGUUUGUCAUUGUCCCCUUCAUGGAAUUCCUGUUACCUGUGUUCCUGAAGCUCUUCCCUGCAAUGCUGCCCUCAACCUUUGAGACGGAGUCAAAGAAGGAAGAAAAGCAGAAGAAGAAGUUAAACGCAAAGCUGGAGUUAGCAAAGUUCCUGCGGGAGACAAUUGCAGAGAUGGCCAAAAGGAACAAGGCAGACACAGGCCAAGGGAAACAAUUCUCCUCGUACCUGCACGAGAUCCGUCACAGCGGCCACCGGCCCAGCACGCAGGAGAUCGUGCGYUUCUCCAAACUCUUCGAGGAUGAGCUGACCCUGGAGCACCUGGAGAGGCCCCAGCUGGUGGCUCUGUGCARACUGCUGGAGCUGCCCCCGCUGGGCACCAACAACCUGCUCCGAUUCCAGCUGCUGCUGCGCCUCAGGAGCAUCAAGGCAGAUGAUGAGAUGAUUGCCAAGGAAGGGGUCUGUGGCCUGAGCGUGCUGGAGCUGCAGAGYGCCUGCAGGGCCCGGGGGAUGCGCUCACUGGGGCUCUCUGAGGAGCAGCUGAAGGAGCAGCUCGGGCAGUGGCUGGAUCUCCAUUUAAAGGAGAACGUUCCCCCUUCUCUCCUCCUGCUUUCCCGUGCCUUGUACUUAAUAGAUGUAAAGCCACAAUCUGUUCCCAUUACACAGAACAAGACUGGUGAAGCUGCUGGAGUGAGGACAUCUGUGCUUGAAGGUCAGGAGACCCUCCUGGACCCUGCCCCUGUUGUACAGGGAAAAAAGAAUGAAGAAUUUGUGUCUCAGCCAACAGAGAAAUUGCCGUUCUCAGAAGCGUCGGUGAAGCCUCCCCCACAAGAGACCAAAAGGGAAGCGUCCCAGAGCAGCAAGGCUGGUGCCAACGGAGCCUAAGGUGGAACCAGCCCUGAGAGGGAGCAGCUCCAUCUGCACCCUCCUGCAAAGGAGCAGGGAUUUCCAGGAGUUUGCUCUACACAACCAGGCCGUAGCCCUCAGGGGCCUCUCUCUGUCCCAAGCUUGUUAGCAACUAGGCCAGUGCUGGCUGGGUGGCCCAGCUUCUGUUUGUGCUGGAUCCUUGCCCUGCUACUUUUAACUUAUGGUGUAAAUAUGUUAAUAACGGUGCUGCUGUCUGUGCUGUUCUCAGCAGGUGUUUGUGCUCCCAAACCUUAGCAAAGGCAGCUUUUCUUGUCAGAAUGGCCUGUGCUCAGAGCAGACUGGGCUGGGAGUCCAGCAAAGCCUGUUCUGUGGUGGGAAUCCUCUGCAGGAACAUCCCCACACAGGGAUGAGUGUCACAGCUCAGGCUCUUGGUCCUGAUCAGGGUGGUUUAACAGUGACAGCCCACAAUGACAGUGACCCACUGGCCACAGUUUUACCCACAGGGAAGGAGGGAGCAGCACUYKUUGCUGUGGUGGAAUGAAUUGAUCAGAAGGAUUUCAGACCUUGCUGGGCAGSAGCAGAGCAGUGACAGAACAGCCUCCYCCUGURAUUGCUUCCCAUGAGAGCUGUGCAGGUGCUACCCACUGUGACACAAAUCAGAUUUGCACUUUCAGGAUCCCUCUGGGACGAGGGACCAACCCAGGACCUGCACACCUUUCCCAAGUGUGAAGAUUUGGUUAAUCUUUACCAAGCUCAGAACUACACACCAAGUGCUCUCCAUACAUUGCAAAGCGACUCCUCACACACUCCAGUGAUGACUCAGUUUUUUGUCAGACUCUCAGAGGAUACAGAAAAGCUGUUUUUAGCAUUUGUUAAGUUUUUUACUCUGUCCUAUGUAAAUGCUCAGAAAUUUCUCACAUGGAUUUUAAAUACGUGUAUUUAUACUUACUGUAAAAUUAGAUUUGGUGCUAAGUAGGAAUGAAAUGUCUCUUCUAGAGGUCAGACAACCCGCCUGAAAAGCCAAUUCUCCAAGGUCAGGUGUGAGCAGCACUUUAAACCUGAGACCUCAGGCUCCUACAGCARUGCAGAGCCAGCUGUCAGGUGUUCUGUGUCCUCAGCUCUGUACCUGAACCUCUCUGUGUUCAUCCAUCUGCACUGCUGGAUCUGUGUUUAAUAAACGGGAACAAAUUUUAUUUCAAUAAAAUAACACCUCACUGUGGAGUCACUGCUGCCUCUU